AUGGCAGCUGCAAAAGCUCAUUAUUUUCAUAACUCUACAUGGUCCUCCACAAUAUCAUGCUACGAAGUAGCAGCAAGCAAUCCCAAUAGAAUAUGGAAAAGUGGGCCCAUCCUCGAAGACGAGGGCCAAUUCUUGUGUGUGCAAAUCGCCUACGCUGUAUUUACUUCUAAUAUUUUGUACUACAUCAUCAAACCUUUUCACCAGCCUCGCAUUAUCGCAGAGAUUCUCGCUGGUCUCACUUUAAGUCCUCUAUUUUUGGGACGCACCGUAAUAGGGAAGACGCUUUUGGCUCCAAGAUUACUCCUCAAUAUUGAAACCUACGCUAAUAUUGGCCUCAUGUGCUAUGUUCUUCUCAGCGGUUUAGAAAUGAACUUAGAUACGAUUCUACGAAUCCGAAGGAAGGCCGUAAGCAUCGCCGUUGCUGGGAUUAUCGUACCAGUGGCGAUUGGGGUUGGCCUCUUUGCUAUGUUACGUCAUUUUUAUGAAAAUUCUGCAGCAGAAACCCAUUUCCGUGAGGAUAAAAAAUAUAUCGUUGAGGCGUAUUUAUUCUGGAGUUUGGCUCUAAUCAUCACAGGCUUCCCAAUCCUUGCCCGAGUCCUUACUGAUCUCAAGUUGCUGAAUACGAAGCUCGGCAGAAUCACUUUAACUGCAGCUAUGAUAAGCGACGCCUAUGGUUGGUUUUUGUUCGUGAUAUUGAUUCCAUUUGCCGGUAAUGAUACAAGACCAGUACUGUCGGUGCUAACUACCUUAUUGUUCAUCCUCAUAUGCUUAUUUGCCGUACGCCCAAUCAUUACCCGAUACAUUCAUUACAAAACCGACACAGAUUCGUGGGAGAAUUCUCAGCUGGUCACUACAGUGUUGUUGGGUGCUAUCGUUUGUUCUUAUAUUACAGAUGCGCUUGGCACGCACGCCAUUGUUGGAGCUUUUGUGUAUGGGCUUAUUUUACCUAAUGGGAAAUUUGCUGAUCUGGUGAUGGGGAAGGUAGAUGAUUGUGCUUCCGGGCUUAUAUCAUCACUUUUCUUCUUUCGUUCUGGCUUAACAGUUAACUUGGUCACGGUUGCACAACAAAAAUAUUGGCCAUUGAUGGCCCUCGUUAUCGUCCUUCUAUUCAUCCCCAAAGUCUUGAGCACUUUGAUAACUACCUUCUUCUUCAAUAUACCUGCUCGUGAUGGCUUGGGCAUUGGACUACUUCUCAACACCAAAGGCGUCCUGGCACUGAUCAUUCUAGACAUAGCCUGGGAUAGAAAGAUUUUAUCUGUGCUAUAUUUCACGAUUAUGGUUUCUGCGGUUUUUCUGAUGACUAUCGUGGCGCCUAUUUUCAUCAGCGCCAUGUACCACCCAAGAAGGCGCUUUGAGAUGUACAAGCUAAGGACUGUCCAAAAGCUAAGGCUUGAGACAGAACUUCGAAUCCUUGCUUGUGUCCACAACGUUCGCCAAGCUGCAAGCAUGGUUAGCGUCUUAAAAAACUGCAAUGCCACCAGAAUUUCUCCUAUGCAUGUGUUUGGAGUUCGUCUGGUUGAAUUUAGGGGCCGAGCUGCCGCCACCCUUUUUGCCGCCCAUAUAGAACAACCUAGCACCCUCACCGGAUCACCAAGCAUGGCCGGAUCAUCACAAAAUGAGUCAGAGAACAUCACGAACGCCUUCAACGUUCUAACAGAGUGGAACCACGCCGUUAGAGUCGAAACCACCGAUGCCAUGUCGGUAUAUGAAACCAUUCAUGAUGAUGUAUACUGCUUGGCACAGCAAAAACUAACGUCCAUAGUGCUCCUCCCUUUUCACAAGCAAGCAGAUGUAGAAGGUGGUCUGGAGACAACAAACGCUAUAUACAAAGACAUAAACCUGAACGUUCUGCAAAAUCCUCCUUGUUCGGUGGCAGUCUUCGUUGAUCGUGGUAUUGGGACAUCAUCGUCCAGAAACAACACAAGCAUCCUAACGCUCUUCGUCGGCGGUCCUGACGAUCGUGAAGCCUUGGCUGUUACAUGGAGAAUGGCCGGGCAGCCAGGGACGGAAGUCUCCGUGGUGCGGAUUGUUCUGUAUGGUGAAGCUGCAGACGUAUCAGUCGACAGUGAAUCUCAGUGGAUAUCUUCUGCAAUAAUGGACGAAGAGAGGCACAAGUUGUUAGAUGACGAGUAUUUAGAUUCAUUCAGGCUCAAGGUGGUUCAUAAUAAUGACUACGUUACAUACUCAGAGGAGGACGUGGGCAGUGCUGAUGAACUGACUUCACUUAUGCAGGAGUUUGCCAAAGAUGACUAUGAUCUGAUCAUCGUUGGGCAAGGGAAUAAUAGGAACUCAGCCUUAUUUUCAAAUCUCUUACAAUGGUGUGACAACCAAGAACUGGGAGUAUUAGGGGACAUAGUGGCCUCAGAUAAUUUUGGUUCCCAAUCUUCAUUGCUUGUUGUGCAGCAAUAUGAUUCGAUCAUGGAGAACGGGGCUCAAACUCGACAACCCGCACAUUCGCCUGCAAAUAGUGAUAGCUCUCAGGCACCUCUUGUGUAA